UCUCUUUCACUUUCUUUUAUAAAAAAAAAAUAUGGAUUCUAAAACGGGAAAAGCAUUUCCUUUCAGCGCUUCCAAAAAAAGUAGCAGCAGUGGCAACAUCUCUGUAAAGACACUUCCAGAGGGUCGAGGCUUAUUAUCGAGAUUAAGCUCGUUCUCCGUAAAAUCAUCGCCCACAACACCUUCAGGCUCACCCCCUCCAUCACCCACAAAACAUUUGAAGGAGCAGCAACUCAAUGAAGAUAUCGCCGCAGUUCACAAGGCAUUGGAUUAUUUCCUGAAUUCAAAUAUCAGUGAAGCAGAGGCGAUCUUGAAACCUCGCUAUGAGGAUUCUAUGUAUUAUUCUUUGGGCUAUUCAUUUAUCCUGUAUUUGAAAUGUGUCAUGACCUUCCAACAUGAUGAUAUCAAUAAUACCUUGAAUGUCUUGAAACACACUAUCGCAUUGGCCGCUCAUGAACGCAAAAAAGAUGGAGGCUGGUUGGAUAACAUAACAAGCUGGGUGAAAGGUACUACCUUGGAAGAUGUCAAACAGAUGACCGUUGUAGAACGUCACGCAGAACUGGUUUAUUCUGAGGCGUAUCUAUUAAAAGCGUUACUAAGCAUUUUGUAUGAUGAAAGUGUCAUGUCCUUUCUUCGAGAAAGUUUGAACAUCCGCAGUAGUUACAGCUCGUACAUGACUUUGGAGAAAUACGUGGAUUAUGUACAAAGCGAAGGCAAAGGCAAAGAAUUGGAUCCUAAUUUUACUUCGGGUGUUGCACUUGGUGUGGGAUGCUUUAGUUUAAUUCUUUCCAUGUUACCUUCAUCCGUCGUUAAGGUUGCGGAGUUUAUCGGCUUUUCUUCAGACCGAGCUCAUGGGCUCCAGGUAUUGGAAGCGGUAGGAGGUUGGGAUAAAGUGCAUACAUCCACCACAGUCAGCAAUGCCAUGGAAGCCAAAACAGGUUUACGACGACCCUUGUGUGAAAUGGUGUUGAUUUUAUAUCAUAUUGUCUUGUCAAAAAUGAUUCCGCUUUCAGACGUAGAUAUAUCCUUUGGGGAAACCAUCCUGAAUGACUGUCUAUCGCGGUAUCCUCGAGGCGUAUUCUUCUUGUAUUUCAAUGGACGAUUAAUGGUAAGCAAACGAUUGCUGGGUAGAGCUGAAGAGGAAUAUCAACACGCAAUCGAUACACAAAAGGAUUGGAAGCAACUACAACAUAUGUGUUUCUGGGAGUUGGGUAUUAUUUACAUUAUGCAACAGAAAUGGCAAAAAGCGUACGACCUUUACACAAUCCUCAGUAAAGAAAGUAACUGGUCAAAGGCAGUGUAUAUAUAUUUGAAGGCGAUCAACCUGUACAUGCUUGCAAACGAAACAUCAGAUGAAACUAUCAAGGCUAAUUAUAUGAAAAAAGUGGUUUCCUACAUGGAGCAAGUGACGGAGAAAAAGAAGAAGAUCGCUGGAAAAUCCAUUCCUAUGGAGAAAUUCGUUGCUCGCAAGGCAAGGAAGUUUAAGAGCCAAGGCAAUUAUCUCUUGCUACCAGAUCUCGAGAUAUUAAAUGCAUUCGCAGCCUUUGACUUUAUGCCAGUGGAUAUAUUAAAUAACACCAUGGAGCGUAUUAAUGUAGAAUUAAAUAGAUUGUCAUCUCUCGAUCAGGAAAAAUUACCAACGAAUUAUUACGACGAUGCUUGUCUUGCUCAAUUUUUGCGCUCUAUUACAGCGAGAAUGCUAUUCGAGCAAGGCCAAGACAUAAAAACCAUGCAUCAGAUCCAUGAACAGUCGCUAAAUUUUGUUUUUGAUAAUGCUGACAACAUUCUUUUGGAUCAUUAUAUUUUUUAUUUUAGUCAUUAUGAAAGAGCGCUUAUGCUUAUCUUGGAUAAAAAUUACACCCAAGCUGAGGCAGACGUCCAACUGAUCCUCAAGUCAAACGAACGUAAUCAUUACGGUGUUGGGUCUGGUCCUCAUGCCAAGAAUAAAUACAGUCUUGCCAGCAGCUUGGUGUUUAAAUGUCAUAAUUGUAUGACACAAAUUAAAUUAUUAAAGUAGAAUAGUCCUUCCUGUAUUAAUAGCAUUCAAUUACAUAAAUUUAUUAUUUAUUUUACCAUCAUAAAA